AUGAUACUUGCCAUCAUGGGCUAUGAUAGAUAUGCUGCUAUAUGUACCCCCUUGCACUAUCAUAACAAAAUGUCCCCAAGAAAUGUUGCAUUGUUUGUUGCAUUGUCUUGGCUGUUUCCUUUAGUACAAGUCCGUAUGAGGUUAAAAGCAAUUUCACAUGGUACAGCAUUAUUCAUGUCUAUUUACUUUUUGUUAAUGCCACCACUGUUAAAUCCUGUGAUAUAUGUUUCAGAGUAG